GAUACCCCUGUCGAUGCAAAAGGAGUCGGGCGAAAGAUCCUCGGCCAGGUCUACGAGACCUACAAAACCGAGCUUGCCGGCAAAAGAUUCGCAUACGAUGGUGAGAAAAGCUUGUUCAGUGUGGGUCCUCUGCCUCACAACAAGCUCGAAUUUACUGUGGUCAUGUCCGAAGUGGGUACUGGGAAUCGUAGUCCGGAAGCUGAUGGUAGCCUAAGUGAAAGUGAUCAUAAGAGAUCAAGAAGGCGGCCUCAUACCAAAACAUACAAAGUGGCCAUUAACUUUGAUGCCAAAAUCCCAAUGUCUGCAAUAGCAAACGCUCUUAGUGGCCAUGAGACCAAACAUUUUUAAGAGACUGUGAGAGUUCUUGAUAUUAUGUUGAGGCAGAAUGCUGCACAAAAGUUAGAGUAGCCCUUUUAUAUAUUUUUUUAUUACUACUCAUUUUUUCAGUGUUGAGUACCUACUUUGUAGAAAGGAAGAAAAUGUGCAAGUUCUUAAUGAUACAUGUUUAAUAGUACCAGUUUUACCAAUAAUAGUAUCA